AUGGACGUAAAAGAUAACCCAUUCAUAAAAAAUCGCUCAAGCACGAGAAUUACGAAUGCCCCCGGAGGGAAUUCCUCGUUAUCCUUCGGAAACUAUAUAGAUAAUGAGAAUAAAAAGAUUAGUAACAGAAAUGAAAAAUCAGCGACAAAAAAUAAUGAAAAUGCGGAAGCAGCGGGAAAUUUAGAGGCCAACAAAGCACCGAUGAAUUCUGACAAAAAGACAAACGUAAAGGUGAACCAACCCCCUGGAGGAGCCUCAAGCAUAAUAUUCGGAUGA